AUGAACAUGUUGUUUGACGAAUUGGAUCUAACUUUAGAUGAUUUUCGUGAAAUAGAACAUAUUGAAUCCCAAUUUCGUGAGACGGAGAGUCAUUUAAGUGAUAAUGAAGAGGUUAUUCGGUUUCCAAAUCGCCGUGCAAGGAAGCGCUGCAUAGUGUCAUCUGAUACUGAAGACGAAGAAGUCCUUGUACCCUCACCGUCAGAGUCUGGUUACACUCCAAAUACGGAAUGGCAUGAACCACAAGCUAAUUAUCCAUUUAAUAGAACGUUAUAUGAAGAUGUAUUAAAUCCAGAACUGUGUCAAAAACAACUAACGUAUAUUACGAUGAAUAGUACACUACUAUUACUAAAAUUCUAUGAUGCCGGCAUACGAAUUCCAAGAAGUAUACUUUUGGGGAAUAUUGUUGAUUUAGGUAAUUACAAACAAUGCAUUAACAUAAAUGAGGCACUUGAAGGCAGUGAUAUUCAAGGAAAGUAUUGCAUGAUAAAAGUACCAACGAACCAGAGUCUACAAAUUUCAAGUUUCUUAUUAUCAAAGUGGCAUAACACAGAAGUAACUACUUCACAUUCACAUAGCGAUACAUUAAGCAGGUUAAGUGCAUAUGAUAAACUAGAAAAUUAUGUUAAAACAAUGUUUGGUCUUCAUGAAUUUAAAACAAGGAUUGGAUCACAGAGCCCCGAUUUAAAAUUAAAUGUAGCUGUUUGUAUACCUGCAUCGUGCACAACACGUGAAGCGUUAUCUGCAUUUUAUUUUAACAUUACUCGAUUUCUUCAAUAUGAGGAUGAUUUCUGUCGUCUUCCAGGGGAUAAGCCAUGGGUCCCUGCUGAUUAUGCCGCUAUUAUUUUAUUUUCAAUUAUUGGGUUACUAGUAUUAUUCAGUACGAGCUAUGAUCUUCUACAUUUAUUAAUACUCAAAAAAGAUUCUAAGGAAAUUAGAACGAUUUAUCGAUCAUUUUCCGUAUAUACAAACACUCGACGUCUUCUAACCUUUAAAUAUGGGCCGGAUUCACUAGAAUGCAUUGAUGGAAUUAGAGCGUUGGCAAUGGCUUGGGUAAUUUCUGGUCAUACAAUACUGUUAGUAUUCAACAGCAUCAAUCUUCGCGACGCUAUAGAGUGGGCUCAAUCCAUUAAGGCUAUAUGGAUAACAGCAGCUCCAAUCACAGUUGAUACAUUUUUUAUGUUGAGCGGCUUACUUGUAGUUUAUACGACAGCUGGCAAACUGAGUAGUAUGCAAUUAAUUCAAAAUCUUCCACUAUUCUAUCUACAUCGUCUCCUGCGUAUGUUUCCAAUACUUGCUGCAAUGAUCCUUUAUGAGGUAUCGUUCCAGAAUAGGGUAUUUGAUGGUCCAUUAUGGAAUACUCAAGCGAUGUCUAUAUUUGCUUGCAGACAGUAUUGGUGGUCUGCGUUAUUACAUAUACAAAAUUAUUAUAAUCCGACUGAUAUGUGUAUUGCUUCUACAUGGUAUCUGUCUGUUGAUGUUCAAUUGCAUCUUUUGUCACCAAUAUUUUUAUUUUGGAUUCUAAGUGGUAGGAAAAAUAUUGCUUGGAUAGCAUUGGCAACUGGACUAUUGACAUCGCUCGUUACCGCAACUAUCUACAAUUUUAUACAGAACUUCCAAUCCGGGCUUUUUUCUCAAAACCCUCUUCAGUUACGUAGAUAUUUUGUUUACUAUUACAUAAACACAUUAACCCGUGCUUCACCAUUCUUCGUCGGGAUGGCCUAUGGUUAUAUACUGCAUUUGUGGAAAGGAAAACCUCUAAAAAUAUCUAAGUUUCUAACAUUAGCUGUAUGGGGCUGCGUGUUACUAAUCCUAGCAGGCGUGAUGUAUUGCGUCCGCUUAAACUUUGAUGUAAAUUGGGAUAAUCAAUUAGCGGAUAACAUUCUUAAUUCCUUUAUGAGACCAGCUUGGGCUUUAGGACUUGGAUGUUUGAUUUUCGCAUGUGUUAAAGGAUAUGGAGGUCCUAUCAAUUGGUUGUUGUGUCUCAGUUUGUGGAAGUUACCAGCACGUUUAUCUUAUGCUAUGUACAUAAUACAUUUUCCAAUUAUUAUGACAGCAUACGCUUCGUCAAAUAUUCGAACAUUUUUUUCUGUACAAAAUUUAAUAUUGCAGAUAGCUGCCUUCUUAAUGAUAACUGUUAUGAUAGCUUUCAUGGUCACAGUAACUAUUGAUGCCCCGUUUGCAACUUUAAUUAAACUUCUUUUGAGUAAAGAAAAAAUGUCCAGUAAGAAAACUCCAGUAUCAGAAAUAAGUAAAGAUACACAACAAAGUGAUAAUAAAAACCAAAAUGAAAUGGAUCUAAGGGAAAAUGAAAUAUCCAAGGAAAUCUAA